GUCGGUCCUUGACUACGAGAAAGAUACCGACUGUUCAGUACGAGGUGGCUUCCACGACCGUUAAGGACACCGAGAGCGCGUCGUUCUGACGAGAACGACGACGGCAACGACGGCGACGACGACAAAGAGGAAGACGAGGACGAGGACAACUGUCACGGGCAUUGCACUCGUUGCUCGUCAUCCUCUGCUACUUCCGUCACGUUUCUUCGUUAGGUUCUCGUAUCCACCUUAUCAUCUUCCUUUGCGCGAUUCCUUGCUUUUUCAUGGUUGUUCUAUCGUUUUCGAACAAGUUUCACGUAACUGUGAAUGGUCGAUGCGCGACAGUGAUCGACAAGAAGCCGUCGAAUUGUUCACGGACCGCUCUUCACCUGCGACGCUUGGAACGUGCGCGAGUGGUAGAAAGACGUUCGAAGAUCACAAACAUCGUUUGGUGCACCUGUGAAGAACUGUACUGAUCGACACGAUCGGUAUCAGUGCCAUAGGCGAAGCAAAAUUUCGAGAAGGAAGGAAAAGCAGCAGCAGAGUAGCAGCACGCUUGGUGAGUUGGGUGAAAAUCGAUGGCCAUCAGUGCCCAUGGGCGGCCUCGCGUUUAGAACAAGGAAUAGCCCCUCCCAGAAGACCUCGCUCCGGUGGGGUGACUGCUGCCCCCCAAAUCCCAACCCUCCGUCGUCGUCGGCCGUCUGGAAGGACCGUCAUCAGGACAUGCCGCCGGUACCCGUGUGAGGCUGUCCCCCACUACUUCGUGAUUGUACCCCGCGGGGUCUUCAGAGGUAUCCGAAUCUCCCAAAAUCAGAUCGACCGCCAUACCUCUCGGACUUGCGUCUCCGUCAGUUCGAGUUCACGCAAGUGGACCCGUACUCUCCGAAGAUGAUUAACAUAGCGGGUCUCGUCUCAAUCAUCCUGUUCUACGCGCUUAUCCUAGCCGUAGGAAUAUGGGCGGCCAGGAAAAAGGAAGCUGGCAACGACUCCGAGGAGGAAGUGAUGCUGGCAGGUCGUUCCAUCGGUCUGUUCGUCGGGAUAUUCACGAUGACAGCGACCUGGGUCGGCGGCGGAUACAUCAACGGCACUGCCGAAGCUAUUUACACGAGAGGUCUGGUUUGGUGUCAGGCUCCGUUCGGAUACGCCCUUAGCCUCGUUUUUGGUGGUAUAUUCUUCGCGAACAAAAUGCGAGAACAGGGGUACGUCACGAUGUUAGAUCCUCUUCAAGAUGCGUUUGGUGAACGUAUGGGAGGUCUUCUGUUUCUUCCUGCCCUCUGUGGCGAGGUCUUCUGGGCCGCAGGUAUUCUGGCAGCUCUGGGUGCGACGUUAGCGGUCAUCAUCGACAUGGAUCAGGGAACCUCGGUCAUUUUGAGUGCCUGUAUCGCAGUUUUCUACACACUCUUUGGUGGUCUUUACUCUGUUGCUUAUACCGAUGUUAUUCAACUUUUUUGCAUCUUCAUAGGCUUGUGGAUGUGCAUUCCUUUCGCUUGGACCAAUCCAAAGGUACAAUCCCUUAAAUCCAUGGACGUGGAUUGGAUUGGCGAAGUGAAACCAGGAGAAUAUUGGUCCUACGUAGACUAUGGGCUUUUGUUGAUAUUUGGUGGCAUCCCUUGGCAAGUGUACUUUCAACGGGUCUUAUCUUCGAAAACGGCUGGAAGGGCGCAAGUGUUGAGUUACGUAGCUGCGGUAGGCUGUAUUCUCAUGGCAAUCCCACCUGUUCUAAUUGGUGCAAUCGCCAAAGCAACGCCUUGGAACGAGACAGGAUACACCGGUCCAUAUCCUUUCACCGAGGCAGAAACAAGCAUGAUUCUACCAAUGGUUUUGCAGUAUUUGACGCCAGAUUUCGUUUCCUUUUUUGGGUUAGGCGCAGUAUCAGCAGCAGUGAUGUCUUCAGCGGAUAGUAGCAUCCUUUCGGCUAGUUCCAUGUUCGCCAGAAACGUUUAUAAAUUAAUCUUCCGUCAGAGGGCGUCGGAAAUGGAGAUCAUCUGGGUGAUGAGAGUGGGAAUAGGCGUGGUCGGCAUAUUGAGCACAGUGAUGGCAUUGACGAUACCCUCGAUCUACGGCCUCUGGUCGAUGUGCUCGGACUUGGUCUACGUGAUCCUCUUCCCUCAGCUGUUGAUGGUGGUCCACUUCAAAGAAUACUGCAACACUUACGGCAGUCUAGCUGCUUACAUAAUAGCCUUCAUUGUGAGGAUUAGCGGUGGCGAACCGUUAAUGGGUUUACCCGCGCUCAUUCACUAUCCGGGGUAUGACGAGGAGACAAACACUCAAGGGUUCCCCUUCAGGACAAUGGCAAUGCUGAUGUCGUUGGUGACGUUGAUAAGCGUGUCGUACGGCACGCAAGUAGCCUUCCUGACGGGCAGGCUGGCGCCUGGAUACGACUUCUUCAGAUGCGUGGUCAACAUACCGGAAGACGUCGAAAGAGUCGGACCAGAUCCGGCAGAGGGCGAACAGAUGGCUGUCCUAGCUGCCGGUAUUGGCAGACUUUACGGAAGCAAAGACGAAUCAAACGGCCGAGUUAAUCCUGCACUCGAGCCGGACUACGACAUGGACCCGGGAUGUAAGAUAGCCGGGGAAUCGGAUGGCGUCGUGGCCGGAAGCGGUGGAGGCGGAGGUAGAGCGCACCUAGUGCCUCAUGGACCGAACGUGCCACGACAGCCGCAAUCCAGCACCGCGUUCUAAUUCCUGGUUCCGUGAUCGGAUGCUGUGACCAACAAUAAGUGCGGCGGUACAGGUCUGUCUUCUGUUCUUCUUCUUUUCCUUCAGUCUUUUAGUUCUUUUCGUUCCUUCCUUCUAUACGUCAUUUCCAACUCUUUUCGAUAGUUUCUAUAUCUGGGAACGGUGUUUUGCAUGGACAGAUAAAGGGAGAGCGCAAAUGCGUGUCAGAACAUUCGUUGUGAAAUUGCCUGAAACGUCAAUUUAGAUUUUUUAUAAUGUAAAUGAAUAUAUAGCGAACAGUUUUUAUCGAUCGCGUUCGUUGCUAAGAUUAAUUUUGUACGAGAUCGAACGUAUGAUCGUUAAGUAUUAUUUCGCGCGAUUAUUCUCCUCGUUGAAGAGAACUUUGUCGAAGGAUAGAAAUCCUGAUUCUGUUGCUUCGGUUUCCCAAUUUGCUUUCACGCUUCUUCUCCCUCCCCCCCUCUCCCCACGUCUAGGAAGCUCCAAAACAUGCCAAUCUGCUCCAAGUUCUUCACGAAUCUUGUUUCAUGGUUGUGUUUAUACGUAGUUACAGUUCUAUAGUGAUGUGUACCUGUUUGAGAAUGCCCAUGCGUUCUCUUUAAUAGUGAAAGCAAUAGAAGAAAGGAAAUGUAUAAAAGUGGUCGAAUGAGCGCGAAAAUGGAACUGGAAGGAAAGUGCAAUACUCUUAAAUAUCGGAGCUUCUUGGAUAGUUGGGCGAGGUAAUUUCUGCCUGUACCGCCAAUUAGGCCUAGUAAUCUGUUUCCUUUUUGAGAAAUAUACACACAAACACACAUACACACACACACACACAUAUACUUAUACGUAUAUAAAUUACAUUUAUAUGCAAUUAUAUAUGUGCGCGUACGUAUGUAAUUGUGUAUAGAUAUAUAAGAAAUUUAGAGUUUAUCAAACCAGCUUGGGAAAACCAGCGUCUUGAUGCACGACCGAUUCGUUCUCGUUACCAUCAAGCGUAUUUCAGAAAUCGUGAGAAUGCGAGGGGAAAGCAACGAGAUCAUCGAGAGUUUCAAUGUCGGUUGAAACAGUUUAUCAGACACUGACUCUGGACGAGCGGCUAUCGUCGGAUAGGAUAGAGUCUAUAGAUGAACGUUACAUGCAAAGUUUUUAGAACGAGUUAAAUUAGACGGAUCACGUUAUCGUUUAGUCCUCUUCCACGUGCAUCGUUCCACUUUCUUCGUCUUAUUCAUUGUCAUGAUAUUAGUAUUUAAUAAUAUACCGCCAUCGGUUAGAGUCCAUCUUAGAAUCUCGAUGUUAGAAAAAAAUAUAAAAGUAAGAAAGAAACAAAAAGACGUUAAGAGGCUUUUGUACUUGCGACUCAUCGUUCUUCCCUUGCUUAAUCUGACUGGAAACAUAGUCAAUACACACGAUGUAUGCACGUUCGUUUAUACUAUAAAAAAACGAAGCGGAGUUAGGCGUUAUAAAUUAGCAUGUCACUUAGCCGCUCGUAGAACUUCUCGAGAUUUUUCGUGACUCACGCGUUAAAACUACCGGGGUCAGCCAACUCGAAUUUUUCUUUUGCAUCGAUGACGGUGAUUUGAAGGCAUGUAAAUCUCAACUCAAUCAACGAUACAGAGCCCGAUGUUACAUUCGAAACCACAGCUUUUGUCCUUUAUUUAUUCGAUGUACGACUGGCCUCGGAGUUAGAUCGAAGGGUUAAAUAACAUUUUGCCUCGAUAAAUUGUCGAUUUUUAUAAAAUUCUUACGUUCGUCUGAUAAGCACAAUGAAUCGUAAAACUAUAAACGCGAUACAAAAAUUAUAGGAAAUCGUAAAUAUCGUAAAUGUAGAUCACGAUGUAAGACGACAUCGUAAUUAUUAAAAGACAUCAAUUGAACAUAAAAAAUAAAAUAUUCGAGUUGAUAAAUAUCAUACCGAUUAAAAGUUCUUGUAUAAAGUAUUGCAUUGAUUAACUCACAUCUUUGUACUAACUCAUUUCUAAACGUCCAUAAACGACAUAAACGAAUAAACUAACGAUCGAACACGAUGCGUGAGUGAACGGAUAAUCGUGUACACAAAUCGGUCGUAGCACAGAUUCGUUGUGUUUAUUAUAUAGUAUAUAUACAUAUAUAUAUAUAUAUAUA